AUGUCGUUUAGACGGGAUAAACUUAUCCUACUGAUAGAUACAGGUACUUCGCCACAUGUUCGACGUACAGCUGCCAAGCAGCUUUCUGAUUUGACCUUCAAGGCUUUCUUAGCUACUUCUCGACCUUCGCGAGAGAACAAGGAAGAUGUCAAACCGGAAUUUGAAGCUGAUGGGAAUGGACCUGUAGCACUGACGUCGAGCGGGAGCGAGGAGGACGCAUGGAAUGAUGUACUCGAGACAAUUAGUAAAGUUUUACCCUUACUGAGGAGUAAAGUUUCGGAUACUCGACAUUCAGCAGCUUACGCUCUCGGUUUACUCGCUGCCUCUUUACCCGAAUGGCCACAUUCAAGUAUAUUCACUAUGGAAGAUGAGCAAUUCGCUCAACCUGUAGAUCUCAUAUUCCUGCUCAAGAAUAGCUCGACCCUGCUAGCAUCAGCAGGAAGAGAAUAUAUCGCCAAACCAUUACCUGGAGAUAAAGCAAAACGUCGGAAAGCGAUGAUGGGUUCUUUAGGGCUGGGAGAUGCCGUUGGCUGGGGAGAUGAUGUCGACAAAGUCAUUGGAGAUGAUGAAGAUGAUAUGGAAGGUGGAGAUCAUAGUAAUUCGAAAGCUGGACCCAGUAGGGAACCAUCUGCUCCACCUCCACCACCAAAAGAUCUCUUUGAAGGAUUGAGCGCUAGACAAGUAACGAUGUUGAAGAGAAAGAAAGGUAACAUGGUGGAGGAAGCAAACAAGAUGCGUCGAAUGAACGAGAAGAUGUCCGGAAGCACGCCGACAUCUGCUGGACCAUCGCCUAUAUCGACACCUCCAGAAGUGCCGUCGUCGGCGAAUGUCAAAUUGGAAGAACCAUCAGUGAAGUCAGAAGUAGUCACAAUUGAUCCAGGCGCCAAAGCUAGAGCCGCAGCUGCUGGAUCCGGUGGUCAAGUUGAACCGACGGUGGAUGCAGACGGAAAUCCUGUAGUCACAUCGUCGGUCAGAGUUCUGAAUCUGGUGAAGGAUCAAUCACCUUGGACUACAGUCCUCCUGGAUAUAUCACCUGACCUGCACGAACAGGUCUGGCAAGUUCGACAUGGGGCAGCGUUGGCGAUAAUGGAGAUACUCCGUUCUUUAGGAUCUCCUUACGUAGCGAAACAACCUGAACUCUACUCAUAUCUCGCUCAUCAAUUAUUGUCUCUUCUGGUACUUGAUCGAUUUGGUGAUUUCGUGGGAGAUACAGUCAUUGCUCCCGUUCGAGAAACGGCUGCUCAAGCAUUAGGUAUUGUCCUUAAGUAUAUCGACUUCGACGGUGUAAAGGAAAUACACUCAACUUUGAUGGGAAUGGUAAAACAGCCUUGGGCUAAAAGAGGUAAAGCAGCUGACGGGAUAGAUAAAAGUGAAAAAUUUGCUUGGGAAGUUAGACAUGCCGGUCUCUUGGGAUUGAAGUAUGAAGUUGCGGUUAGAUCCGAUCUCUUGAAUGUGAAAUUAGAAGAGGACGUAAAAAUGGAGGAUAUCAAGCCGGAUCUAAAUACAACGGAAUUCAAUCUCCUGAAAGACGUCGUAGACGCUGGCGUUUUGGCGCUUGCAGAUUCAGACGAUGAUGUCCGGACCGUAGCAGCUACUGCUUUAACUCCAAUCCCGGAAAUCAUCGCUACUCAAUUGACAAAAGACGAUCUUCACAACCUCCUUUCCACAUUAUGGGACUGCCUCAAAGAAGGUGGCGACGAACUUGGUAGUAGUACGGGCGCAGUCAUGGAUCUUUUGGGUGUUCUGAUUAAACAAGAGCAGGUGAUAGAUUACAUGUGUGGACAGCGGGAACGUCUCACGGCGCGGACGUACAAAUUUAUGCGACAUCCGAUCGCUGCAGUUCGUCUGUCUGUAAUCAAAAUUCUGCUUUCAUCGUCUGAUCAUCGUGAACUUAAAAAAGAAUGGCUUGAGGAUGAUUACGCCAGCUUCCUUUUCCAGAACAUGCUAUUGGAAGAAAGACAAGAUAUCAGGGAACUUUCCCUCAAGGCUUUCGUUGCGGCCUUCGAAGAAGUAGCAGAAGAGGCUGGAGAACAAGCAGGCUUGAUGGACUUGAACGACUGGUUCACACUAGUCAUGAUGCCUAUAGGAGCACCAUUUGAUCAAACGCUGUUCAAGAAGGCAGAAAGAUCGACCACUGGUCACAAUAUCGAUAAAGCAAUGAUGGCAGGUGAUAUGUCACUCGUAUCGAUGGAUACAGCUCUUCAAACCCGACUCACAGGUGCUAAAGCUUUAGGUAUUCUGAGGAAAUUUCACGAUGAAGAUGAUGAAGACGCAAAUGACCUGGAGCACCUGAAGCAAUACCUCAGUUCAGCUAGUGCACAUCAAGUUUUGAUGGCGACUGCCAUAAUCCAAGAAUGGUCUUCUGCUUGCGGAUUCUCUACAAAGCGUCCACGCAGUCUUGGUCAGUCCGAUGAGCUUGCUAUCCCACUCGUUCCUAUCUUGGUCGACAGAAUCGAAUCACCGCCGCCUGCAACAUAUCACGAAAUGUCAGUCAUCCUCCAACGUAUAUACACCGAGUGCCAUGCACUGUUGAACGCGUUCAACGUCGAAGGUAAAGUGUCUAAAGAUAGAAUACCGACUUUGCCUAGUCAUAUUGAUCCUCUCAGCACAGCCGCCGACGUGUUCUCAUUGACUACAGCUCAACAGGCUAUCGGUGCGACAUUCGAUGGUCUUUCCAAGCUUCUCACCAAACCAGCACAGAAGGUCGCUUUGCAUGCCCUGAAAGAUAGGCAAAGGAAAGUCAUGGGAUCUAUUGGUUAUUUCUCUGUAAUGAAAGAACGAUACGACACUCAAAUUAUGGCUGGUAUCGCAGGUGCCUUAGUAGCUUUGCGAGUGAUGCCUUCAAAGCUAGGACCGGUUAUCAAGAGUUUGAUGGAUGCAGUAAAGAGAGAGGAAAAUGAGAUCCUUCAAUCCCGAGCGGCCUCAUCCGUUGCUUAUUUCAUCGAAUACACAACGACUCCUCUAUUCACUGGGAAAGUCAACCCUUCAGACAAAGUGAUACGGAAUCUCUUCACAUUUCUCUGUUCCGAUACGUCCAUCACUCCCAUAUUCGCUUCUGGUCAAAAUGCUACAGAUGGCAUCAUCACUCUACGGGAAGAGAAGGCCUCUGUCGCAGCUGCAGCCAAGAAGGGAGCAAACAAGGACAUUCCCGAGGAAAGUGAUGAGCAAAUUGCUGCUCGCGUGACGAGAAGAGGUGCUCUUGAAGCCUUCAGAGCUCUCGCAAAGACUUUUGGGGAGAGGCUGUUUGAGGAGGUGCCCAAAUUCUGGGAAGGCAUUAGUGCUGCUUUGCUCUCUAACUUUGCCAUUGGCGUCAAAAUAGAAGAGGUUGACAACCGACUUGCCGAUAACACGCAAGCAGGACAGGAUGUUGUUGACUGUCUGACCUCACUACGAUUGAUCAUUCCUGAACUAGAUCCUGACCUUCAUAUUCAACUCCACACUCUGUUCCCAGCUAUCAUCUUGGCAUUGCAAAGCUCAUAUGCCGUCAUUCGUUAUACUGGCGCGAAGUGUCUUGCAGCCUUAUGCGAUGUCAUGCUCAAUGAAGGUAUGAGAAGAGUGGUGGAUGAUGUCGUACCCCUUGUUGGCAAUCCGACUAGGGUGUCAUCAAGACAAGGUGCUGUAGAAGCUAUACAUCAUAUCAUCAAAGUGCUGGACAUCAAAGCUUUGCCAUAUGUUUUAUUCCUCAUUGUUCCUAUACUUGGAAGAAUGAGUGAUCCAGAUGAACACGUUCGACUCCUUUCUACCAGCUCCUUCGCUUCCCUUGUCAAAAUGGUUCCGCUGGAGGCCGGUAUACCCGAUCCAGAGGGAUUCUCUCCUGAACUUCUAGCCAAACGAGAUGAAGAACGUAAAUUCCUCAUGCAACUGCUUGACGGCAGUAAAGCUGAGCAAUAUCAAAUCCCAGUUGAGGUCAAGGCGGAUUUGAGACAAUAUCAAAAAGACGGUGUCAGCUGGCUAGCCUUUUUGGCUAAAUAUCAAUUGCAUGGUAUUCUAUGUGAUGAUAUGGGGCUCGGCAAAUCGCUUCAAAGUAUCUGUAUAAUAGCCAGUAAACACCAAGAAAGAGCCGUUCGACAUUCUUUAUCAAAAUCGGUUGACACUGCACACUUACCUUCGAUGAUAGUAUGUCCACCAACAUUAACAGGACAUUGGUAUCAUGAAAUACUGAAAUUCACACCACAUUUGAAACCCCUUCAAUAUGUCGGAAAUGCAGGUGAAAGGACUCUACUUCGAACUCGGUUUCCAGCACACGAUGUGAUCAUAUCAUCAUACGAAUCGAUACGAUCAGAUAUAAAUGACUUGACCAAAAUUAAUUUCUUAUAUUGCGUGUUGGAUGAAGGUCACAUUAUCAAAAAUGCAAAAACGAAAUUAUCAAUUGCAGUAAAACAAAUAAAAGCUCAACAUAGAUUAUUACUUUCUGGUACACCUAUCCAAAAUAACGUAUUGGAAUUAUGGAGUUUAUUCGAUUUCUUGAUGCCUGGUUUCUUAGGAAAUGAAAGGAUGUUUAACGAUAGAUUUUCAAAACCUAUUUUGGCUGAUAGAGAAGGUAAAGCCACCUCUAAAGAACGUGAAGCAGCUGCAUCUGCACUGGAAGCAUUACAUAAACAAGUCUUACCAUUCCUGCUUCGUCGAUUGAAAGAAGAUGUCUUGGAUGAUCUGCCACCCAAGAUCAUUCAAGAUUAUUAUUGUGAACUCUCGUCCGUUCAAAAACACCUCUAUGACGAAUUUGCUAAAUCACAAGCAGCCGAAGAAGCAGGAGUGGAAGUAUCAUCCGAUACUGCUCAAAACGGUUCUGGUCAAGGUCAAGGGCACGUCUUCCAAAGCUUACAGUACCUUAGAAAGUUGUGUAAUCAUCCUGCAUUGGUGUUAGAGAAUCAACCUCAAAGAUUCAAAGAUAUUCAAAAGAAGAUUGGGAUAGAAGCGUCAGGUGGAUUACAUGAUAUAAGUCAUGCACCCAAAAUGGAAGCUUUGAAACAACUAUUGACCGAUUGUGGGAUCGGCCAAAUACCUGAUAAACUAUCCGACGAUGUGAAUCAACAUCGAGUGUUGAUAUUCUGUCAAUCAAGACAAAUGCUUGAUUUGAUCGAAAGAGAUCUAUUCGGAACUCACAUGACAUCAGUCUCGUACAUGAGGAUGGAUGGAUCUACUGAUCCCAGGAAACGACAUGCUAUCGUUCAAACGUUCAAUCAAGAUCCACGGAUCGACGUUCUACUUUUGACUACCAGUGUAGGUGGAUUAGGGUUGAACUUGACAGGCGCAGAUACUGUCAUUUUCGUUGAUCAUGAUUGGAAUCCAAUGAAAGAUCUUCAAGCGAUGGAUAGAGCACAUAGAUUAGGUCAAAGAAAAGUAGUCAACGUUUAUAGGUUAAUCACUAGAGGCACUUUAGAAGAGAAGAUCAUGGGUCUGCAACGAUUCAAACUCAAUAUAGCAUCAUCAGUUGUAACUCAACAAAACGCAGGAUUAGGUUCAAUGAAUACAGGAGAAGUAUUAGAUCUAUUCACAGUUUCAGCUGAAGGUGAAAAACCGAAACCUAAAAACACCAAUAAUAACGGUCCGUCAUCGAUGAGUAAGAUGUUAGAAGGCCUCGAUGACCUUCCUCCAGAAGAAGAAUAUGCCGAAUUGUCCCUCGACAAUUUCAUGAGCAAAGUUUAA